AUGGAUGGAUACGUUUCGCGUGUUCGAUCUUCUUCUGCGGAUCUGGCGUUCGACGUUACACACGUGAUGCAGGAAAAGAAGAAUUGCACGCCACUUAUGUUUGAUAGGACAUCGUCUAGGUCCAGCCUUUUCGAUGCGAUCUGGUUGUGGGCAAGUUCGACAUCGUCACGACACACACGCCAAACAGCUCUGCACGAUACUGCUUUGCAGUCUUCUGAUAUCUAAACCGUUUAAGAACAUUUGCAGUCACUUAAUUAUGUUAUGCUGUUUGAAGUAUAGGCAGUAUAGACAACAAACAAAAUAAAGCAGUACACUCGUUUGCCAAGUAUACAUGUAAUUACAACAUGUGCUUAAUAUUUACAUAGUCAUAGUAUUAUUCACACUUACCAAAGUGAGAAUGUUCGCACGAAGUGAAUUUCGUAUUCUGUUAGAGUCGAGCUCUUUUCGAGGCCGUGGAAGAUCCAUGUUGUUACGAAGAAAAGAAAAGCUUGCGUUUAGCGUUUGCCAGGCAGGUUGAAAGAAAGUAACACGGUUUUCACGGCGCGCUAUAUAUCGUAGAUUAUGCCCGUAUUUACAAUUCAUGCAUAGGAACAAAAUAAUUAACUUUGGUGGUGUAUGAUGGUAGUGAUGAUGGUGGUGAUGAUGGUAGUGAUGAUGGUGGUGAUGAUGGUGGUGAUGAUGGUGGUGAUGAUGGUGGUGAUGAUGGUGGUGAUGAUGGUGGUGAUGAUGGUGGUGAUGAUGGUGGUGAUGAUGGUGGUGAUGAUGGUAGUGAUGAUGGGGGUGAUGAUGGUGGUGAUGAUGGUGGUGAUAAUGGUAGUGAUGAUGGUGGUGAUGAUGGUGGUGGUGAUGGUGGUGAUGAUGGUGGUGAUGAUGGUGGUGAUGAUGAUGGUGGUGGUGGUGGUGAUGGUGGUAGUACUGGUGAUGAUGGGGGUGGUAACGGUGAUAGUGGUGAUGAUAUCGAUAUACAGCCAGUUCAAAAAAGGUUGUCCUUUGCAAACCUUAAACUCUAAGCGCGCAAAGCUUAAUGGGAGCACAAGUUUCAAGCUUAGUAGUUGAAUAUUGCAGCUAUUUGUGGAUGAAUUGUUCUCGUAAGGAGAUAUUUACCAUGUCUCUAAGAAAUGGGCUCCAUAAACGAUUUCUAAACUGAUUAAAUGAUGCUCCCAUUAUGCUUUGCACGCUUAGAGUUUAAGGUUUAGAGUUUAAGGUUUGCAAAGGACAACCUUUUUUGAAUUAGCUAUAUAAUAACAACAAUUUAAUAAUAAUUUAUUUUUCAGAUAAACCACAACAGAUCAGUGUGUGUCCAACGAGAAAUAUUAUAAUGGAUGAGACUGGUAUUAUCAUUACGUCACCAUGGUAUCCGGAGUUCCAUGGAAACCGCGUAGAUUGUAGACUUGGGUUAGAGAUUCCUCCAAACAAAAUACUGAAAAUAACUUUAACUAAUCUCACCACUUUUGGUAAUCUUUUCUUAAUGUUAUAUGAGUUAUCACAAUGUUGUUCGAACCAGCUGAUAUCAGGUUCUAUCCGUACCGCUUUUCCCAGUUUGUUGCAAGUUAUUAUAGACUUGUCACAGGCGGCUUCGGGGGUUGAAGAUAAAUAUUGCAUAUUAAAUACUGGGUUUUGAAGUAGCACGAAUAUCGAUGGUGGGAAUGUGAAUAUUUGGGGUAGGAAUAAUAGGGUAGAGGUAUUAAAGAUUUGAAACCAGAAUUGGAAUGAAUAUACCCCUGCAUAGAUCGAAGUAGGAAUAUCAAAUAUUUAAGGAAAAUAUAGUCCUAGCUCUUCCACCUCCCACCCCCGAACAACCUGAUAUUAAGUUUUUUUCACACAACCUUUGGCAAAGCCCAUUUAAAGACUUUAUGGUAUCGUUAGAUGCCCGUUGUGACGACAAGAUAUUGGUGAUGUUUACUGAUAUAGUUGGUGGUAUGAAAAUUGUGGAAGUGUAAUUCCUGAUGAGAUGAACAUUCGAACGGAUUCUAUUGACCACCUUCUCAAAGAUACUUACAAAACAAAUAAUAGCAUAAUUGGGAGAAGGUUUUCAAUGACUUUCAAAUUGGUUGACAUAUCUCAUGGACGUAAGUAACUUAAAUUGUAUUAUUUUUCUAGAAACCACCAUGUUUAUAUGUAUCCAUAUAUUAAAAAUAUCCAUAUCAAAAUAUGCAACUAUUCAAUCAUGAUUUAAGAAUCAUCACUCGAAAAACAUUAGUUUCUCACUGUUUUGCUUUACACAGAAGACGAAAUAUUCUAGUACAAAAAUUAUGUGAUGACCGUGUUAUCGCUAUCUGGGAAACACAAAUGGAGAUAGAACAGUUGAAUACUUUGUCUUUGAUAUGCAUAUUUUCAGAGGCGUAUUUAUAUACAUAUUUUCAAGCAGCUCAGUCAGUAUGCUAAUUUAUCCUUAAUUUAACUAUCCUUAACCUUACGACAAACAAACGAAUGAUUAUAUAGCGAUCCUUAUAUAAAUGUACGAAACAGGGGUCGGGGCAAUUGCCAGUCGGAAAUUUGCAGACAUAGUGUUUGGCUGACACCCCGCAUGGGACUUGUCGCUGUCAGAAACUGUCAGAAGGCAAUUACCUCCCCCUCCGACCACACACACACACACAAUUUAGAAAGCCAAAUACAUUUGGGCAAAAGCUAGAUUCAUUUUUUUGUUUUAAUUUCAUAAAGUCUGCAUUUUUGUUUGCAUUAAUGCCGCAUUAUGUUGAACGUGUCAUUUGGGUGCGCAGUAUCUCUCUUCAGCCGCUACGUAGCAAGUCCUGCGUUGUACAAUAAUCGUCAAUUGCAACAAUUUUUACUCGUAUUACAUUAUUAACGUUGGCUACUGGUCAAUCAGAAAUCGAGAAUUCUUUUAAAUAAAUAACAAAAAUGCUUGUAGCACCGUGGAUAGAAUUUUUGACGUAUUCCAUACAGACAGACUGAACUUAGAGACAGGCCUCAAUCAAAUCACUGUAUAAACUAAAUUCUUGUUACUUCUAUUCAGUCAUGAGUAUCAUAGCGUCAACAGUGGGUGUCGGUGUAUUUCUUGGCAUCGCACUUAUCGUCCUGUUUGUAAAAUACAAACGACGGACGCGGCUUCCAACUCCUGUCGAUAUCCCGCUGGAAGCAGUUGAAAUUCCACCUGAAUCAUUGCCAAUUGAUGAGGUAAAUUAUUUAUCCACAUUAUAUAUAGUAGGCAGAUUCAAUUGUGGCCACGCUCUGUCUGCUCACCUAUCAUCUGUUGUAAUUUGUUUUGAUGAUGAAGUUAUUAAACUAAACUAAACUAAACUAUAUGAAUGGUUGUUACUUAUGUACCACUUAGUUUGUAGAACAGUUUAGAACGGAUAGAGCUAUCCAAUAUAAAUAAAGUUUGUUUACGUUGUAUACUUGAACCUAAUAUCUGCUUCGGGUUUUUUUCCGGGUGCUCCUGAUUAUUUAUUUAUUUUCCUCCCUCAGCAAAAACUAACCCUGCAUUUUUGUUGUCGAGCCUCUGGCUCGAGUGAAUUGAGCAACCACACCCUGUGCCAUUAUGUAACUCAUUAUCAUUAUUAUCAAAACAGGAGCCAGUUAGUCCAUGUUAUGAAGUGAUCCCUGAAACUGAAGUGCCGAACACAAGUGCAAACGGAGCUUUGGGUUGUUCGACACUGAACACCAAGCUUGAUAAACAACAAGAUAUCUUCAAAAAGUGGGCGAAGGGCGAUGGUGUUUGUCAGCAAUGUCAAGCACAUUUAAAAGAAGAUACCGGCUACGUAAUACCGGCUUCAGAGGAACUGCACUACGAAAGUGUAGACUAUGAAGUGCCCAAAAUAUCGCCAGAAAAUCCUGGUUAUACAGAGCUCCAAGACAGAAAUACAACGGAUGAUGGUACCUAUCAGAAACUACUAAAGCGAGACUCAGAUUAUGUUAUACCAGGUCAUGAGAGAAGAAAGUCGUACGAAGACAUGGAAAUGGUAAGAAAUUUACCAGGCUACACGGAGCUGGAUCUAAGCAAAAGGGAAACGGAAGAAAGCCAGCGGUCUGCUUACCAAAAGUUGGUAAAAACUUAA